AUACAAACAUAUUUAAUCUACAAAUUGUAUUAAUAUGUCACUGUAAUUUACGGACGCAACGUCAAUGUUACUAUCAAGUGAUAAUCAGAAGUGACAGAUGACAGUGCAUUAAACGCCAUAAAGGACAGACAAUUUCAUGCCUAUAUCAGAUUAUUUUUAUUUACAAUGGAAAGACCCAGCGUUGGGUGUGUAGUUUCACUUUUAAUUUGUAAAAUUCGUUUUUAGAGAACAUUUAUUUUCAUAAACAUUUAAAUUGUAGUGUAGUAAAGUGUAAAUUAUAUUUCUGGCUUCAAUCCAAUAAAUCGUUUAGUGUUUCAAACGAUAAGGAAUUUGUAGCUUUCUAAAUUAAUAUUUACAAUUUGUUGUUUUUAAUUGUGAGUUGUUUCAAAUAUUAAGCGAUCCGAAUAAAAUAAACGCGUUUACUAUUUAAUUAUUAUGUUUUCAAAAAUCAGUUUGAGUGAUGAGAUUUUGUGAAGUAUGGAUUUUGUUUGAUACGAAUUUUUAAUCAACAAUGUCAUCACCUUGUCCGAAGAAUGGAAUACGUUUGAACGAAGCCUUAGAUAAUAUCCAGCUUGCUUAUAAUCCUAUUACCAAACAGCUACAUUUUGUGAGCCCCAGGGUUGAGAAACCAAUAGCUGACGAGGAUGUUGAUAAAUUAAGUAAAAAAAGUAGCUUCAGUGAUGAAGGAAAUUUCUCAAUAUCGACUUGUGAGAAGAGUGAUACUAGUGAUUCCCCAAAGAGUACUCUUCAAUGGGGUGGAAGUGUAAGUGGACAUAAGCGGGGUAAAGAUGGUGGUUCAUUCUCAAGCACUAUUUCAAGUCUGUCUGAAUGCUCUCUUGGCUCAAGUGGAUCAAAAGAAGAUGAACUUCCUGAUUUGACCAAUUCAGAACAUGCUAAAUUGAAGAAAAAAGGACUUUCAGGAUUCUUUAGCAGAGGCGUAUUCCCUUGGAAGAGCAAUCCUACGAAAAAUCAAGAAGCGCCCAGCGGUACUUGGAAGCUGUUUGGCAAAUCGAACAGCCUAUCGAAGAGCGCCGAAGUUCAGAAGACGCUGACUCCUACCUCAUCAGUGAGCAACACACCCCAUCACCACAAAAGGCAGGGUAGCUCAGCCAGUGAGAAGCAGUUUGAAGAUCUGGUUGCGAGUUCUAUUGCUUUGAUCCAACAUGACAGGCCUUCAAACCUUCCAGCCAAGUGCACAGAAGAGGCGUUACGUCAUAAAGCAGAGCACGCAAGAAUGGUGGAAGCAGCAAGAAGAAAGGUUGAACGGGAAGCCGCGGCUCGACAUGCAAGGAUACAGGAAUCACUGCGAUUGGAAGAACGACUGGCAAGACACGCUAAGGAAUGGACACAGAAUAUAUUGCCUGAUUGGAAUAACAUGAAAAAUGCAAAGCGGACGCUAGAAUUGUGGUGGAGUGGAUUGCCUCCUUCAAUACGGGGUAAAGUUUGGCAGCUGGCAAUAGAAAAUAAACUUAAGAUCACGCACGUAAUGUACCAAGACCUGGUCUUCCAAGCAAAACAAAAGUUACACGAGGCAAAACUAAAAAGGAAGCGAUUAAAAAUCAACAAAGCAUGCGGUUGUAAAGAGGACAACUCUGAUGACAGACGAACCAGCAAAGAGAAACUGCAGAAGGAUGAAAUAACGAGAGAGAUAAACAAUGAGAAAAUAGAUAUCAAAGAAACAGAAUUAGAUAGUACAGAUGAAAGAAUAGGAUGCGAAGAAAGGUUAUCCAAUAGGGAUAAGUUCGUAGCUAAAUCCGAGACACCGCGUCUAGGAAUGUCCAGAAACUUCAGUGAGCAGAAUUUAAAGAGUAUGAACUCUGAGAGUGAGAGGAAGAAUAAAUCAAACCCGAAUUUAGUAGAAUACAGUGAUGAGUGUUCAAUGGAGUUGAUACAAUUGGAUAUAGCAAGGACGUUCCCCCAUUUGUGUAUUUUUCAACCGGGUGGGCCGUAUUUUGAUGUCUUGCACGAGUUGUUGGCUGCGUAUGUGUGUUAUCGACCGGAUAUUGGGUAUAUACAGGGUAUGUCGUUUAUAGCGGCAGUGUUAAUAUUGAAUAUGGAGGCGCCACAGGCUUUCAUAUGUUUCGCGAAUUUAUUAGACGGUCCUGUACUGAGAGCGGCUUUUACUAGGGACGGGGCUAUGAUGCAGCGUCUAUGGAAGGCGUAUACAGCCCUCCUGGAAUACAACGUCCCAUCUGUAGCGAACGCGGUCGCACCGGAGCUGUACUUGUUGGAGUGGUUGUACACGGCCUUUGCGAAGGCGAUGCCUCUGGAUGCCGCUUGUCGUGUGUGGGACGUGUUCCUAAGGGAUGGGGAUACUUUCCUGUUCAACACGGCUUUAGGCAUUCUACAUUUAUACCAAGAAGAGCUCAAAGAGAUGGACUUUAUAUCGGCAGCGCAGUUCCUCACCAAACUGCCGGAAGAUCUGGACCCCGAAGCCCUCUUCAGAAGCAUCUCUUCGGUGUCCAUGACACUGGACGGGAUGUCCUUCGAGGAACUGGUAUCCUGCUGCCAGCUGGAACAGACCCUGGAUGAUGAUGUGACAGUUAGGUUAUGAUGUUUUUGGGAGGGUUACGUCUAAAAAUCUGUCAAGAUUAUGUGUCUUCCAGUUUCAAUUUUUAUAGAAAUUGAAACUAAUACUCCGGAGGAAUUAUGUGGUAUAAGAGUGACAACUCAAGUCAAUCUUGAUUCUGGUCUAAUGUAAAGGUAUUUUCACACUAUUACGUGUAGUUUUAAACUGCUAAAUCGAUUUUGAUGAAACUUUGUAUGAGAUUGUUAUAAUCCAAAGUUCAUAGACAAAAUAAAAAGACGAAAAUGCUUACGCGUUGAGAAAUUGUAAUAUGUUCAUAGCUUUAUAAAUUUAUUAGUGUAUAUUAAAAAUGUCUAUGAUAAAUUUUUGUGUGUUGAUACAUAUCAAUAAGGUCUGUGCGUUAAAAUCGUGGCGAAGCGCAAACCGUGUUGUUCAUAAAAAAAGUUCGUAAAAUUGUCAAAUAUUUAGUCUUAAUAUUUCUUCUGCGUUCUCUCUU